UGGCGACCGAUGGGACUGCUAGUCGUCUUUGUCCAAACUGGCAAAUUAAACACCAAAAAUAGGUUUCUGUUUGGUUACAAGCAGCUGGAAAAAUGACAACCAAACAUGAAGAUCAGUGGCAUCAUGACCUGAUGACGAAAGGAGGCUUCCAUCAGGUGUACGACAAUGAUAUUCCAUCAAGAGCUCGUCUGACCUGUCCACCGGGCCUCAGUAUAAAAGCUGUCAAAGACCAUGAGGGAAGGACCACUUCUGGGGUUUUUGCCAAGAAGAUAGUCCAGGUUAGGACAAGAUUUGGACCCAUGCUUGCUCCAGUUAAAAACCGUACUAGGUCUGAAACUCCUCGACAGCCUGCUAAUGUUGAUGGCCAAACAGAUAGUCUUCAGAAUAAUCCAAUGACUACUGCAUUGCCAUCAAGUUCUCUACACAGCCAAGUAUCGGUAGGGCAGCAGGGAGACAAGUCAUCUCUAUCCUCAACUGACCAAAUGUUACAGAGUGUCAAUCGCAGUAUACAGGAAGUGGCUAUUGACCGCAAUAAUGUGGAGCACCAAGACAUUGUCCAGCAGGCCCUGGGCAUUGUCAAGCUGUCUGACGAUCAUCACACUCCUGGUCCAUUUGGGGAUGCAAGUACUACGCUUUCAGAGACCAUCCACCUCGCUACUUCAUUAGCCAGUGAGACAAUGGCAGGGGCAGGACAGUUUACAGCUAGUCAGAUUGGGGACGACCUCAGUCUGACAGUUCCAAUCGAGUCAACAAUAAAUCCCAGUGUGACGGAGGGUUUGACAUUGACUGCCACUCAGGCCCAGAGUCUAUUAGCUCACAUGGACUCGUCUACUUUUCCCUCAGUGACAAGUAGUGGAGCCAUGAUGGCAAACCAACAGGACAUACUAAAUAGUGUUGUGACCGAGCCCAGCCUGCUGGCUCAGACUUCUGAAGCUCAGGUUGUUGGUGUUGUUAAGAAUGCUUUACAAGGGGUUGUUAAUGAUAUGAUCAAUGAAGUCUCGUCUACACCAGUCCAGCCCAUAAAGGAAGAAGUAGGCUUAAAAUCCAAUCCUGCUGAUCAGCCUUUUGUUGUUAAGGUCUUCCAUGAUGACGGUUAUGAAGAUGAGCUGGACUUGUCAGAUGAAGAUAAGUGUAACUGGAUGAUGUUUGUGAGGCCUGCCAGAACUGCUGCUGAACAAAAUGUGGUGGUCUGUCAGCACCAAAAUCAAAUCUUCUUUGUUUCUACUAAGCCCAUUCCCUCCAACACUGAAAUAAGGGUUUGGUAUGAAGCGGAGUAUGCCAAAUUAGUGCAGAAGGAACUUCUUCCUGAGUUGGAGGGACCUCCUAACCCUGCCACUGGUUACCCAUCAAAGUGGGCAUGCUCAGUGUGUUUGGAGGGCUUCAAUACUUUCAAUGACUUAGAGGCUCAUAAUUGUGCAGGUGAACCUCCAGCUGAUAAACGACAGCUCAGAGGAAGACCAAGAAAGGGAAGACCCAGAAAAUAUGUCAAACCGUCCAAAACAUGGAGAGCUAGAUUAGAGAAAAGUAGGCUACCUCCACGAAAACGAGGAAGACCCCCAAAACUAAAGGGAAUGUUGACCGUCCCUAGACCACCAAAGGAAGUGAAGAUCUCUGUCUCAGAUCCACCUUUAGAGGAGAACAAUUUGCAAGAAGUGAUGGAUAAUCCACCUGAACUGGUGGAUGAUGACCCAAUAGACAAGGAUGAUCAUGAUGUGUCUGCUUUGGAAUUGUUAGAUGAAGUUCUUGGGGAGGAUGAUGAGGAUGAUAUCCCUGUCUUGCCUAGAAGAAGAGGCAGAAAGAAGAGGGCCCCUGGUGCACCUAAAAUUACCCGUACACCAAAGAGAGAACCAAUGGCUUGUCCUCACUGUGAAGAAACAUUCACUAAAGAAGCCUUAUUUGUGAUACAUGUUUCUGAACACACAGGGGUGAAACCCUACAUUUGUGAAGUGCCUGAGUGCCAAAAAGGAUUUAUGUCCAAGUUCAAGCUGGAGAGACAUAGACUUAUUCAUACAUGUCCAAGAUCCCAUAAAUGUUUAUACUGUGACAAAUCAUUUAACAGGAAAGACCAUUUAAAGAACCAUAUGGUUACGCAUGAUCCAAACAAGAAGCGGUGGGUAUGUGAGGAGUGUGGGAAGGAAUACUGCUACAAUUUUUCCUAUCGUACACAUAAAGCCUUUCAUGAUGCAGAUGCAGGACGAACGACUGAAUGUGGCAUUUGUCAUAAGCAAUACGAGUCUAAAGAUGAACUGUUGUACCAUCUUAAGGUUCAUAGUGGAGCAAGGUCUGUGAAAAACUGUACUGAAAAAACACAUGCUUGUGAUGACUGUGGAAAAACUUUUUACACAAGGAAAGAUGUUCGGCGGCACAUGAUCACUCAUACAAAGAAAAAGGACUUCCUGUGUCAGUACUGUCCUCAGCGAUUUGGAAGGAAAGAUCACCUAACAAGGCAUCUACGAUCCUCUCAUACAGGGGAUAACAACAACAGCCGACCUCGAGCACCGAGGGCUGAGAGGAAGGAAAAACAACAGUACACCACAGCAAAUGUCUCCAUGGUCGGUCUUCAGAUUCCUCGAGAUGAACAGAAUCUCCUAGUCGCUUCCCAGCCAAUGAAUUAUCAACAGUUACAGGCUUUCGCAUCAGAAAUACCAGUGCCACUUCAAAUGUUUGAAAAUUCUGGAAACCAGACUGUAAUUGCCAUGCCUAAUAUGGGAACAUUACAAACACAACAACAGACUCAGCAGCAACCUCAACAACCCCAGCAGCAACAGCAACAACCUUUGCAAGUUGCAGCUAUACAAAAUGUGCAACAUGUUGCUAUACAGAACCAGAUGCCAGUGGCAGAGAAUCGAUAUGUAGAAGCUAUUAUACGACAUCAACCUCAACAGAACAUUGUGUCCUCAACACCUACUGAGUAUAGAACCAUAGAACACCAGCCAAACAUACAGACAUACAUACCAGUAGCAACUCAGCAACCCCAGCAACAGCAACAACAGCCUCAACAACACAUUCAGAUAGCAAAAACUGAAAACAUUGAUUUGACUAGGACAAAUGGGGUGCUGCAAACAGAGUUUGUACAGACCCAAGCAACACGAAAUGACAUGACAGCACGUCCUACCGUACUACAGGCAGCUGAUGUUAAUAGGCAAGGUAAUGCACCUGCUCAGACAUUUUCUACUUUAUUGGGCUACAUGGAGACACUGAGAUUUUUAGAGAACCUGCCAACUAAUGCACAAGGAGCGGUGAUAUCUCAGAUGACAAUGCAGCAGGACGGACAGCCUCUCCCCACCAUGGUCCCCAUCCAGACUAGUACCCUAGCCUACUCUGUAGCUACCACUGCUACCCCAACCCAUCAAAUCAUUCCGGUAGAAAUGCAGACCAAGAGGAUGGCUGUUACCCAACAUAGUGCCUACCAGCAGCAGGGCUCCUGAUACUCUAUGCAAGAAAUGUUUUCAGUCACUGAGCUCUUCCAUUUUCCUGCCCAAGGACCAUAACUCCUGUCUGAGACAUACAUCUUCCAGCCAUCUUUGUUUUGUUUGUUAUUGCUUCUGGUUUUAUGGAUAAUUUUUGAUGGUUUUGUUUAUGAAUUAAUUUGACUUACAAUUCAUUUAGAUGAAAUAUCUAUCAAAAUUAUACCUAUACAUAUGGUAUAUUUUACCAAAGUGUUGUUGACAAUUUUGAAAUGUUGUUUACUUUGAGGUAGACUUGAACAUAUCAACUACACCACAGUAAAGAAAUUUUCAUCAAUAUCUGGUUUAGUGUGGAACAUGAACAAAGAAAUUAAGUUUAAACACCAUGAUUUCAGAUUGUGAUAUAUUUAUUUUACAUUUUAAAGAAAUCUAUGUGAUUUUAUAUGCACUGGUUAUGUCCCACAGUUUCUGCUGAUCUUUUUUAUAUUUUUCCUUUUACAGCCACCAUAAAUUUAAACCAUUUAUAAAUUUGUUGUUGAUAUUAUUACAAGUCCUUUGUUUUAAUGUGAUGGUAUGAUUAAUUUGUACAUAAAAUAUGUAUAUUUUGUAAAGUUUAAUCUUUAUUUCCUUUGCUAGUAUUUAUUACUACCAAGACUAGUCAUCG